CCUGUCCCUAUGGUAUCUAGUAAGCCAAGCCUUGUCAUCAUUUAUGACAUUUGUCAUCUGCUUGAUUAACGAAGAGGUUAUAGUGUCAAGGAAUUUGGUUAUUACACAUAUAUCAAAAAAAAAGAAAUAAAAAUAUAGAGAGCAAAAGAGCAACUGACAAAGGACAUUGCCGAAGAUGUUCUCGAGUGGGCCGAACUAUACAAAGUUAAAGACGCAUUUACGUCUAGCGAUUAACCGAUUAAAAUUACUGGAGAAAAAAAAGACCGAGCUGGCACAGAAGGCACGUCGAGAGAUCGCCGAUUAUAUUGCCGCUGGCAAAACAGAGCGAGCUAAAAUCCGCGUGGAGUACAUCAUCCGCGAGGAUUACAUGGUGGAAGCGAUGGAACUGCUCGAGAUGUAUUGUGAUUUGCUGCUUGCACGUUUCGGCCUCAUUCAGCAAAUGAAAAAUCUUGACGAUGGUCUGGCAGAAGCAAUAUCCACUAUUCUGUGGGCAGCACCUCGUAUUCAAACAGAUGUUCAGGAAAUCAAAGUGAUAGCAGAUAUCUUGACAUCCAAAUAUGGCAGACAAUAUACUGAAGCAUGCCGGGAGGAGGCAAUUCAGACAAUAUCAGAAAAAUUAAAGCACAAGAUGAGUGUACAGUCACCUUCGAAACUACUCGUGGAGAAAUAUCUGAUAGAAAUUGCUAAAAAUUACAAUGUGGAUUAUGAGCCAGAUCCACAAGUCAUGACAGAAGCCCAGGAUGCAAUGUUAAUUGAUAUAGGAGCUAAUGGAGGGGAAUCGAGAAACAAUCUAGCUACUGCCAGUGGAGGAAUGCCUCAUCCACCUGGCUUUAUAGGUUUUCCACAGGCACCUUUGUUACCUGAUCCUGGAUCUCUCUCAAAUGUGGAUUCAGAAAAAGGUGCUUCAUCUAUAGGAUUUGUAUCUCCAACGUCUCCGAUUGAGAAGGAUCAGAAUACUGCUUUUAAUCCUACUUCAUUUUCAUAUAACAUACCUUUGGAUAAUGCUAAUUCGAAUAAACAUGAAGAUUUACCACCACCAUACCAAUCUGAUUUUCCACCUGACUUAAACAAACAGUCGGAUGAAAAACCGAAACCUCAACCAAGAUCUAAAAUGCCAAUGAAUAACUAUGAAUUGCCGGAUCUACCGGCAGUGCCAACAGAGAACAAUGAUCCAUCUGCAAAUCCUCCCGAUAACGAUGAUAUUGAUUUUGAUGAUUUGAUGAAACGAUUUGAAGAUUUAAAGAAAAGGAAGUAACGCUCAUUGUAUAUAAAAAUAAUAUUUGAAAGAUUUUUCUAUUUUAUCAUCGCGAAACGAUAAUGA